GCUGAAGCUACUGGCUGAGAAGAGCAGAUUAUUCGGCAGAAGGUUGUCAUCAUCUUCAACAUCAUCUUCACCAUGAAGAUGUUGACUGCGUGUGCACUUCUUUGUGCCAUGAUGGCUCUGGCUACAGCUCAAUCAACAAUCCAGUCAAUAACUGUUAUGUCAAACUUUCUAGCUCCUCCAGAAGAAAAAACCGACCUGGACAAGAGGACUUGUUGUCCCUGUGGUUGGACUCGGAUCUAUGGCCGCUGUUUCCGCUACGUUCCAUACUGUAGGCGUUGGGCUGAUGCUGAGAAAUACUGCCACCAUCUGGGUGGAAAUCUUGCAUCGAUACAUAGCGUUUGGGAGUACCGUGCAAUUCAGAGGUUGAUUAUGCGCACCACUCGCAGCUGGUAUACACAUGUGUGGAUCGGAGGCCAUGAUGCAGCACAGGAGAGAACUUGGCUGUGGAGUGAUGGUACCAGAUUCAAGUAUCGGCAGUGGUGUUGUGGAGAGCCCAACAACUACUUGGGCAAGCAGCACUGCUUACAAAUGAAUUAUACAGCUUGCAGGUGCUGGGAUGAUGACUACUGCUGGAGACGAAAACCAUUCGUCUGUGUCAGGAGACGCUGAUGAUUCCUGACAUAUAACAGCACAAACACUGGCAAAGGCAACUAUCUUUGUGCUGAUCAGUCUAAUAUGAACUAGAAGCUCUAUAUCUCAUAUCAUUUGAUAUAAUUAUCUUAUUUCUAUCGCUGUAACGCUACUGAAGGAACGAAGCGACAAGUGACACGAACAGCCGCUGGAUUGUCUCUCAGGCCUUGUGCCUUUAAUGAGAGCAGAUUGAAUGUGUUUUGUAAAGAUUGCUUUUAGCACCUUAUUCUUUCAAGUGAACAAGAGCUGUAACUAAUGUUU